UUUCUCGCUGGUUGCUUGAGAACGAGGGUAAACAAUAUGGACCCAUCUUAACCAUUUGACUUUUGAUCUAGAUGUCUUGAAAUUUUCUUUCCCAAGGAGAAACCACUUCAAGUAUCAAUAUGUCAUCGAUAAAGAACUGUGACCCAAGACUUAAGGCAUAUUUGCUACGACAUCGUUUGCCAGAUAUUUUCGAGAGCUUAUUAACAGCAUUAGCUGUGAACAGGCCAGAAGAUUCAAAGCAGUUUGUCAUUGACAAGAUAAAAGCCCUACUGAAUGACAAAAACCUUUUGGAGUCAUUACAUUGGGAUACAUUCAUUGAUGAAGAAAAGAAACCACGAAACCCUUUUAGUUCCAAGUUUUCUGACUUUCUUUGGGCAUAUGAAGAUGAAAAUAUGCAGCCUACAAGUGAGAUGUAUGAAAAGGCAUACAAUUUCUAUAACUUUAAACUAAUGAAGAUGUAUUUUGGUGGUAUAAAGAAGUACUGGCAGUAUAAAGUGGAAAAGAAUCAAGCAUUAACAAGAAAGUUGACCUUUGCUCGAUCAUAUUACGCAAACAGAUUCACAAAGAAGCAUUUUGAUGCAUUCCUUACAUUAGUACGUGCUCAAAAAGAAAGAGAGUUUGCGUUCAUGAACAAGAUAAGAUAUGUCGUGAAUAUAUCUCUGUUGCGAUUGAUUUUUGAUUCAUGGAGACAUGUUACAAAUGAUUCAAGGCGAACACGAGAGUACUUUGAGAAAUUAGAAAAAGGGGAAAUUCCUGAUGGUGUUGAGAACUCUUCAGACGGCAAAGAUUAUAUUUCUACAUUUCCAAGAAAAGUUGCAAUAAUGAUUUUUAGCUAUGUUGAUCUUCCGGAUCUCAUCACGUGUUCACAAGUGUGCCGGACAUGGAAAAUGAUCACCCAGUCUUCGUAUUUGUGGAGUCGGAUUGAUCUAACAAAGAUUACAAAAAGGAUUUCCAGUAAGGCAAUAGCGAGUUUGAUUCACAAAUGUCGUCCUUUUCUGUGUCACUUAAAUCUUCGUGGGAUGGAUAUGGCCACUUCGAAAGGCUUGAAAACCAUAGGCGAAUGUCGAAAUCUUCAAGAUUUGAAUCUUUCCGAUUGCAGAGCAGUCACUGCUGAUGUAAUCAAAGAAAUAUCGAUCGGCUGCACAAGUCUUUUGUAUCUUAACGUUUCAUACUGCUACCUUUCCGAUGCUGCAUUGCGAAGUCUUUCAAGGAAUUGUAACAAUAUUCAGUUCCUGAAUUUAGCAUUUUGCUCAAAUUUUACCAACAAGGGGUUGCAAUAUUUAGCAUCAGGAAAGGGUUGCCAGAGAUUAGCAUACCUUGAGUUAUCAGGCUGUGAGCAAGUAACAACUGAAGGUUAUCUGGAACUUGGAAAAGGCUGCAAUCGACUGGGAACAUUGGUUCUUGACCACCUUCCGUUUUUGAAAGAUGAGCAUAUUCAGGCUUUUGUUUCUGGUUGUCGAUCACUUCGUUGUUUCUCAGCUAUGCAUUCUUCGUUAAUCACUGACAUCGGAGUCAAGAGCUUGUGUCUUUCGAAACGUCUCCAAGUUCUGAAAUUAGAAGGCAACAACAGAAUAACAGACAGUGCUGUGCGAAGCCUUGUCAAGUCUUGUCCAGAUCUCCAUCACCUUCAUUUGGUCGACUGCGAAAGAAUAACUGAUCUGUCCUUGAAAGCCCUGAGUCAAUGCAAGAACUUGGUUGUGGUCAAUUAUGCUGAUUGUAUAAGACUCUCUGAUGCUGGAGUUCGCUAUAUUGUUGAAGGCUCAUCAGGUCCUAAGUUACGUGAACUGAAUUUAACCAACUGUUUACGAGUUAGUGACGUCAGCGUUCUCCGUAUUGCACAGAGGUGCAAUUCGCUGACGUAUUUGAACCUAAGCUACUGUGAACACGUAACUGACGCUGGUGUUGAGCUGCUUGGGACAAUACUCAGUCUGAUGUCGGUUGACCUUUCGGGAUGCCUCAUUCAGGACCAGGGGAUUUCCGCUCUCGGUAAUAACCCUAGGCUGAGGGAUAUCACCAUAGCAAGCUGCAGCAGUGUCACUGAUAUUGGAAUACAGAAACUUGUUCAGCAAACAAGGGAUCUAGAAAAUCUUGACGUAUCAAGCUGCAAGCUUUUAACGGAUCAUGCCAUUAAAUCUCUGGCAUUCUGCUGCAGAAGGCUUCGCACAUUAAACAUUGCUGGUUGCAGGCUGUUGUCAGAUCAAAGCCUUCAGUACCUCUCUGGUGUCUGUCACUACCUCGAUACUCUUGAUAUAUCUGGAUGCAAUCUUGUCAGCGAUAAAGCUCUGCGAUUUUUACGCAAAGGUUGUCGCAACCUCAAGUACCUCUUUAUCAGAAACUGCCGUGGAAUUUCAAAGGGAAUGGUACAGAAAAUGGCUCCAAAGAUCCAGUAUCUAUUCCAUGGGUUUGAUGAAUCAAAUACGUUUGAAAGCAUUUAUGGCUCUGCAUGAAUACUGAAAGAAAAUGUGGAUCUUUUCUCGCAUCAAAGGGCUCCUGCCCAUGUUCAUACGAAUUCAUGCCAAGCAAAGUAGAGUUUUGCGCCACUUCAUUCGUUGUUGAUGUGGGAAUUUUUAUGCUUACAACAUCGCACUUUAGGCCACAUGUAAAAGCAAGGUUUCUGUGAGAAUAUAUAUUUGAUAUUAGAGUAUAUUUUUCCGGUUGUCACGCAUUUAUUCAGAAACUUUGAUAGGCAUUUAUUCUUGGUAUUCCCGCGUUAAACUUUGUUCAAUAUCACCUCGUGAAUGUUAAUAGUACAAAGUUUUGUAAAUUAAUGUUUUAGAGCCAAGCAUACGGUAUCAACGACAUAAACAUGUUGAGACUAGGUGGAAGGCUGGUUUCAGAAAAAAGCUUUGAGUGAAAUGCUUUUACCUGUCUCUUGAAAUCAGAAUUGCUACACAUUAAGUUAUUCGCUCUUGAAUCCUACUUAGCUCUUCAUUAUGAUUCAUUAUAAUAUUUUACAAACGAAUUCAAUACUUAUGGCCCAAAGCUUUUAUCCUCUAUCAUCAUAUAUACAUCAAAUAUUUUUAGUGUUGAGCCAGUCUUUCAUACACUAUUGUCGUUACUUAAGAUAUGUUCCCUAUGAUGAGGGCUUCAUUAUUGCAGGCCCUAAAAUGAUACUUAACCAGCCAGAUGUUCAGUGUCGUGAGCCGAAAUGAAGAUAAUUUGUAUAUAUAACUCGAUGCAUAAACCACAUAUUUCUCAAAAGUGUAUUUAUUUUCAGAAUUUUUACAUAAUAUAUUUUUGAUAUUUUGAAA